UACAAAAAUGUGGUUCCCGAUCCCGUUGCCAUAAUGGGCAUGCGUCUCCCGCCAAACCUCCGGAAAGGCGAACCAGCAGCCCCCAAUUUUUUCACGACACACACUACCCACCACAAUUUCCAACCCUCAAUUUCCGUUUUCUUUCAUUUCAUUUUUUACCUGUGAAGAAUUUAUGCUUAAUUGGAGCUGAUUUGUAAUGUUUAAGCUUGUUGGUAAUUUUUGGUGUGAAGUUUCAACUUCAGUCCCAAAUCCCCUACAACGUCCCCUCUUCUCUCUCUUCCACACUCGCUCCCUCUCACCCCACAAAGACAAACCCACCAGUUGGAACACAACCCACACUUCAGUUCGAACAAACCCACUACUCUCCCUGUUCGAAACAUGCAAAUCCAUGUCCCAGCUGAAGCAAAUCCAAUCCCAGAUGAUCCUUACCGGCUUAAUCUCCGAUGGGUUCGCUUCGAGCCGCCUUAUCGCCUUUUGUGCGCUUUCAGAGUCUCGAAAUCUUGAUUAUUGUAUCAGGGUUUUAUGCAAUGUGCAGCACCCAAAUGCGUUCUCGUGGAAUGCGGCCAUUAGAGGCUAUUCGGAGAGCAAAAAUCCGAGGGAAGCGAUUGUAUUGUAUAAGAAAAUGUUGAGGAAUGGUGGGUCGAGACCGGAUAAUUAUACUUACCCGUUAUUGAUGAAAGUUUGUGCUAAUUUAUCGUUAAGUUUUGUGGGUGGUGAGGUUCUUGGGCAUGUGAUGCAUUUGGGUUUGUAUUUGGAUAUGUUUGUUCACAAUGCUGUGAUUCAUAUGCUUGUUUCGUGCAGAGAAUUGGAGGCUGCACAGAAGGUGUUUGAUGAAAGUUGUGUGAGAGAUUUGGUUUCUUGGAAUUCUUUGAUUAAUGGGUAUGUCCGAUGUGGGUUGGCAUGCGAGGCGUUGAGGAUUUAUCGGGAAAUGGAGGUGGAAGGAGUGAUGCCGGAUGAAGUUACAAUGAUUGGGGUGGUUUCUUCGUGUGCUCAACUUGAAGAUUUGAGUAUCGGGAGACAAUUUCAUUGGUUGAUUGAAGAAAAUGGACUAAGUUUGACUAUUCCUCUUGCUAAUGUGCUUAUGGACAUGUAUGUGAAGUGUGGGAAUCUUGAGGUUGCUCGAGCUUUAUUUGACAAUAUGAAAAAGAAAACUAUUGUCUCAUGGACUACAAUGAUAUUUGGAUAUGCCAAAUACGGGUUUCUGGAAAUUGCUCGCAGGCUUUUGUAUGAGAUUCCGGAGAAGAAUGUCGUGCCAUGGAAUGCAAUGAUUAGCGGCUAUGUCCAAGCCAAGCAUGGGAAAGAAGCUCUGGCUCUGUUUCAUGAAAUGCAAGCGAGAAAUAUACGUCCUAAUGAAAUAACCAUGGUUGGCUGCUUAUCCGCAUGCUCACAAAUUGGAGCACUUGAGGUCGGAAUAUGGAUUCAUCAUUAUAUUGAGAAACAGGCUCUUUCGUUAAAUGUUGCAUUGGGGACUGCCCUUGUUGACAUGUAUGCUAAAUGUGGGAACAUCACAGAGGCUCUCAAGGUUUUCUGGGACAUGCCAGGAAGAAACUCUCUGACUUGGACAGCUAUUAUUUGUGGUCUUGCCCAUAACGGACAUGCACAUGAUGCCAUAGCUUACUUUGCAGAGAUGAUCAAAACGGGAUUGGAGCCAGACGAGAUCACCUUUCUUGGGGUGUUAUCAGCUUGUUGCCAUGGAGGUUUGGUUGAAGAAGGUCGUAAGUACAUUUCGUUAAUGAAAUCGAAAUUCAAUCUUUGCCCCAAAGUUAAGCAUUACUCUUGCAUGGUGGACCUUCUAGGUAGGGCUGGACUUUUGCGUGAAGCAGAAGAGCUUAUCAAUAGCAUGCCAAUGAAGGCGGAUGCUGGGGUCUGGGGUGCAUUGUUCUUUGCUUGUUAUGUUCAUAAAAACGUUUUGAUCGGAGAAAGAGCAGCUUCCAAGCUUCUUGAGUUAGACCCUCUUGACGGCGGAAUUUAUAUUUUGCUUGGUAAAAUAUAUAGGGAAUCACAUAUGUGGGAAAAAGCAGAGAAGAUACAGAAUUUGAUGAAGGAGCGAGGAGUAGAGAAGAGUCCUGGUUGUAGCUCAAUAGAGGUGAAUGGCAUUGUUUAUGAGUUUAUCGUCAGAGAUAAAUCACACCCUCAGUCGAAACAUAUAUAUGAUUGUUUGAUUGAGUUAACAAGACAAAUGGACCUUUAUUUGCCAAACAUUUAAAUUAACAUCACAUCCAAUAUUAUGCCCUUUUUGAUCA